AUGACGGUCACCGGAAGUUAUUCAUCUCUGGGGAUGGAGUCUCCCUCUGCAGUGGCGGCCACCUUGGCCCUUCUGUGGAGAAUCCGGCAUUCCAUGACCGGUAAAUUUCAUCUCGCGAUCCAGGAGCAGCACCUGAAGCUUGGUCCCGUCGUGCGAGUCUCUCCAAAUGAACUGUCCUUCGCAUCAGUGCAGUCCUGGAGAGACAUUUACGGUCAUGCUACAGGAGGGAGGCAAAUCAUGACUAAGAGCGAGUUCUAUGAUAUGUACGGAUCCGGCUUUGAUUCUCUGUGUGUCGGCAGUGAGAGAAACCCCCAGAAGCAUGCCCAAAUGAAGAAGUCGCUGUCGGCCGCGUUCUCGACGAAAGCGCUGGCACAGCAAGAGAACAUUGUGAAAAGGUGUGUAGAUGAGUUUGUCCAACGUCUCGGUAUUGACGGUGCGUGUGAGAAGGGUCUGAACAUGACGAAAUGGUUUGAAAUGAUCGCAUUCGAUAUCUUGGGCGAAAUGGCCUUUGGGGAAAGUUUCCACUGCGUUGAGAAAGGAAAACCUCAUUUUUGGUCUGAGAUGAUCGUGGAGCAUCUCUUUUUUGUCACAGUCUUGGAUAAUCUGCGCCGCUACCCGCUCAUUGCAGCCAUCGGACGCAAAUGCCUGCCCCGACUGACAGUCUCCGUGCGUGAUCGCCAUUCAGGCUACAGCCGAGAAAAGGUGGCGAGGAGGCUUAAUGCUCGCUCAGGACGGGAGGAUUUCUUGACGAACGUCUCGGAAAAGGUGAAGACGGGCGAGGUCAGCAAAGAAGAAAUGACAGCUCACGCAUCAACACUUGUUAUUGCCGGUGGAGAGACCGUAUCGACAUUUCUAGCCGCAGUCACGUACUUUCUCCUGAAGAAUCCUGUGGUUUACCGUAAACUGCAACAGGAAGUUCGGGGACGUUAUAAGGAUGGAGACGAGAUUACAGCCAUGUCUGCACAACAGCUACCAUACUUGCAAGCCGUGAUCUCAGAAGGCUUAAGAAUAUACCCGCCAGGAUCACAGGGGUUUCCACGAACCUGCCCCGGCACCACCAUUGAUGGACAUUGGGUACCCCAGGGAGUGGAGGUCUACACUAGUGCAUGGACCGUCACUCACGACGAAAGAAAUUUCCGUGAUCCAUAUGUCUUUAAGCCGGAAAGAUGGCUUGAUCCGGCCCGUAAAGAUAACCUCGAAGCAAGUCAGCCGUUUUCUCUAGGUCUUCGAGGCUGUCUCGGCAAAAAUUUUGCGAUGGUCGAGAUCAAUCUGAUCAUGGCGAAACUUCAUUUUGCCUAUGACCUAGAGCUUCGCGAUGCGGAUUUGAAUUGGCUGGAGCAAAGCCAAAUGCAUGUGAUGUGGAGGAAACCUGCGAUCAAUAUUGAACCAACUUUUUUGGACCUCCCUCCUCUAACCCGGUACUCGCUUCGCGUAAUCGCUGUACCGACCGCCGUUAUGGCUUCCCCAGUUGUAUUGCCAGGGAAGGUUGCCAAGGAGGAUGCUGAUUUGCGAGUUGUAUCACUCCAAGGUCUUCUGGAUGGGGACGAAAGCGCCAAAGAGAAUUUGUUGAAAGCCUGCACUGACCUCGGCUUUUUCUAUCUCGACUGCCGAGAUGUCGCCUCGGGCCAGGUAAUGAAAGAUGUGGAAGAAAUGUACUCGCUUUCUAAGAGCUUCUUCGAUCUUUCCCAGGAAGACAAGCUUGAAUGGUUCGUAGACAGAGACCACGAUGAGAAUCUAGUCAUGGGAUACAAGCCAGCGGGUCACGGGAAUGGGCCAGUGGAAGGGGUCAAAGAUGGGUUCGAGGGACUGAUGCUUUUUGAACAUCCCAUCUCCAAGAUUCAGGAUCAUUCCUUGUUCCCAGGGCCCAAAGCAAUUGCGACUCGGCUUGCACCACUUAAACAAGCUACAUCAACUUUCCGUGACAUUAGCAUCCUCCUUCUGACUCGUCUAUCGUCUGCCCUGGGAUUGACCGAGAAUCUGGCGUACCAACAGUACCAUCGGAAGGACGCUGUUUGUCCAACAGCCCUUGGUCUUCUCAAGUACACCAUUGCCGACGUCGAGCCCGACAAAGUGGGCCAAAUUGCUCACAGCGAUGCUGGCAGUCUUUCUAUCGUCUUCACCGAAGUUGCCGGCCUUCAAGUCCUGAAGCCUAAUGAAGAGCAAUGGUAUUACAUCGCACCCAAGCCUGGUCAUGCAGUGGUGAACGUGGGCGACGCACUCCGCUUUAUCUCUGGAGGCGUCUUGGAGUCGAGCUUGCAUCGUAUUAUUCCACACACAGACGAAAAGGGAAGGCACAAGUACUCGAUUGUAUAUCUACUACGGCCUGAAAUGGAUGCCGAGUUCGUUGACGCGGAAGGCGUGACGUGGAAAGGGUUAGAGUGGACCAACAAGAAGCAUGCAGUAUUCCGUGCUACGGCGGAGGAACAAGCCAAGGGAACUUAUCUGACCGGGAGAGACGGCUACGUAGGACACUGGAAUCCAGAUCAAGAUCCGGAAGGCCAGACGAUCACUGUCGGAUAG